AUCUGGAGCCUUCCAAGCAUUCAGCCACAUGUGUGUAAGGUUUUCUUCCCUGUCUCACGUGACACAAGGCAGAAGCUCAAACAUUACACAAUAAUCAAAAUAUGCCUCGAGCAAAGCUGAGCCAAAAAGCUGAAGCUGCUCCAAACUGGGAAUGCAAAUGAAAGAAACCCAGUUUCACAAACUUCGAGUCAGACACUUGAGAAUGCAAAAUUGCGACCUCUUCAUUUAAAGGAAAGGAAGCACUUUACAACAACAAUUAGGAAUACCACGAACCUAGACAACAAUGCUCUGCAGUGAAACAUCUGUUUAAUAUUCAACCGUUUUCCUACUGGAUGGCAGGAUCUUCUUGAAGGCAUUUGUGCUGGUAUCGCCAUGAUCUCCCCAAUUCUGCUUGUCUGGAUUGUGCCCUGCAUUGCCAUCCAGCUUCUCAGCAGCUUUGUAAAAGCAGAAAGUCAGAAGGAUUCCCAGCAACUCAUAUGCAGUGUGCCAGGACCGCCAGGCCCUCCUGGUGCUCCUGGAGUUCCAGGUUCCCCUGGAGCUGUAGGAAGGAUGGGUUUCCCAGGGAAAGAUGGACAAGAUGGAAAGGAUGGACAGAAAGGGGAGACAGGAGAGGAAGGUCCACAAGGCAGAACAGGAAAUGCUGGCAAACCAGGGCCAAAAGGAAAAGCAGGAGCCAUUGGCAAAGCUGGUCCUCGAGGUCCAAAGGGCCUGAAGGGAAACCCCGGGAAAAACGGAGGUCCAGGAAAGAAAGGCCCCAAAGGAGAACAGGGAGACCCUGGGAUGCCAGGCCCCUGCAGCUGUGGGGCCAAUAAAGCCAAAUCAGCCUUCUCUGUGGCAGUGACAAAAAGCUACCCAAGAGAGAGGUUGCCCAUCAAAUUUGACAAGAUCCUCAUGAAUGAAGGUGAAAAUUACAACACUUCCAGUGGGAAAUUUAUAUGCAGUAUCCCUGGCAUCUACUACUUCACCUAUGAUAUCACUUUGGCUAAUAAACACUUGGCUAUUGGGCUGGUGCAUAAUGGGCAGUAUAGGAUAAAAACAUUUGAUGCCAACACCGGUAACCAUGAUGUAGCUUCUGGAUCGACUAUCCUGUCCCUGAAGCAGGAUGAUGAGGUGUGGCUGCAGAUAUUCUACUCUGAACAGAAUGGACUCUUUUAUGAUCCCUACUGGACAGACAGCCUUUUUACUGGCUUUCUGAUAUAUGCUGACCAGGAUUAUCUCAAUGAAAUAUAAAGGGAAGACUGUCAGCACUAGCAAAUCCUAACAGAGAACAGAGCAUGAAAAAUUAUAGCUGUAAUGUACAUAAAUCUUUGAAAUAAUCGAAGCAGGCCUGACAUGGACUGUGGCGCACAGCCAUUGCUACAAUAUUUAUAGAUGACAGUUUAAGCCCAGGAUAGUCGACACAGUGGUUGCCAUAUGUUGUUUGACUACAACUCUGAUCAUCCCUGAAUGUCGGUCAUGCUGAAUGGGGCUGAUAGAAGUUGGAGUACAACAGUAUCUGGAGGAUACCACUUUGGCUGCCCCAGUCUAAGCCUUUGUGUUUCUUUGUCUCAGUCUGUGGGGCCUCUUAAAAAAUCAUUCUUGCCAAAAAAACUCUGAGUAGUCAAUCAGAUUUUUUAUUGUUUGAAGCCUAUGGCCAUUACAAUGGAAAUCACAAAAAAAUGAAGACAAUCCAGUAAAUUAAAACAUAUAAUUUUUAAGAAGUGCAGAUUAUAAAAACUUUAAACUGUAAACUUUCCCAACGUUUCUAGAAAAUUCUGAAAUGCAUAGAGAAAUCUAUCUCUAGGUGAACUGCAUAAAGGGAAUUGUAGAAUAUGGUGCACAGUUUCUUUGAUCUGGCCUUAUCCGCAUACACAAAGACUUGUUGGCCUAUAAAAGAAUUUACCAGUCAGAUAUUCUGUGGGCAUAGUUUGAAAUCUAAGCUGAGUAACAUAUGUCCCAAGGGAAAAAUGUAAUUACCACAGAUAAACAGCCCUUUAUGGUCAGUUUAAUUUUAAUAAGGUACAUUGAGGACUUAAACAUUCUUCACCUAAAUAUGAGACUUAACUUUUGGGGGGCUAGGAAGAGGUUUUCACACCUUCCAACCAUAAGGCAAUAUACUUCUGUUUACUUUGUACCUAGUGAAUCACCUAAAAUUCAUCUUUAGUUUUACUAAUAAAAAAGACUAUCAUUUUCUUUUGCUCACAAGGAAUCUGCAUGUUUCAAUCACUGCUGGAGAGAGAGCAAGUAACUACUAGAUUUUGGUUUGGAUCCAUGGUUCCUGACUGUGAGUGGAAGUCUGCUCAUGGGGUGCUCCUGCUGGAUGAAGUAAGGGUGGGAUUUUUGCCAGUUCUUCCUUUUCUCUACAACCUCCUAUAAACUCUAAAAAAGAUGCUCUGGAAGGUUGGGGAACCCUCCAGAACAGUGUGGGAGAUGGUGUUGGGGGCUGCAGAGGGAAGAGAGAAUCAGCAAGAAUUGCCUUCCUCCAGUCAGUCUUACUCCCUUCUGCAAAUGGAAGGAGGCCUUAGGAUAGAAAGAUGACUUACACUUGCACAUUGGUCCAUUUAGCUCAGUGUUAUCAACACUUACUGGAAGCAGCUCUUCAGGGUUUCAGGCAGGAAUCUCUCCCAGCCCUCCCUAAAGAUGCUGGGGAUUGAACCUGGAACCUUUUGCAUGCAAGGGAGAUGCUCUACUACCGAGUAACAGCCCCCAAAUGUUCAUGGAAAGGACAUUCUGGGUCCAACCCUUUAUAUUUUCAAAAAUGAAAGAACAUGUAAUUUUGCUUAUUUAUGCCAAUAGUCUGGGUGUACUGUAUUGUGAAACCUGUCUGGCAUGACACUUAGUGAAACUAAUCUAGCCCUGUCUCUGUCACCCCUCCUGUGCUCUGCCACCAUUUUAAGACUAUGGCUGCUUUCACACAUGGGGCUAAUAGCACUAGUUUAAUGGAUUAAAAAGGUAGCGCUUCUGUCCCAAUUUUUAAAAUCCCUUUCACACUGCAGUACCUCUUGCGAUAAGGAACAGUAUUUUUUCAGCCAAUAUAGUGGCAUUUUGCGCAACUGUCUUUCACACAGCUUGUUUUCGUCCCUCACCCAUGCACACUGUUCCCACUGUGUAGGAGGUCUAAGAUCUCGUCCUGUCACCAUGAAAGCCCUCUCCCUUUAGGAUCUGACUUCUUAAAUUGUUUUAGUUGUAUCAAGACAAGGGUAUGUGUGGGAAAUGCUGCUGCUAUCUGCACUGAUGCCGGAAUACUGGUACAAUGUUUGUCAGGCAAAAAAAAAAAAAACAACCUGCAUGACUAAAGGGCGGGAACGCACUGCAUGCUGGGAUGCCUGUCACAUGAGUGGCAGCAGCUAGCGAAAAACUCCCGUGAUCUUCCAGGUUCCCAGCCUUGCUAACGGAUUGUUUCCGGUAUCAUUUAUUGCGGAAAUUAGUGCUUUACUUGCACUACAUUCCACCAGAAUUCCAGAGCUACCCGGUAUAUCGUGUGAAAGCUCAAAUAUAAUGCGCAAAUUACCAGGUAAGAAAUAGUCAGAAUAAUGGAAUAAAGUGCAGUGUGAAAGCACCCUAUUAUACAACGCAAACUUGAGGCAACUACAUCAGGUGAUAUUCAGCUAAGUCCUGCUCAGAGUAGACCCACUCAAAUUAAUGAACCUAAAUUAGUCAUGGCCAUUCAUUUCACUGGAUUCUACUCUGAGCAGGACUAAUGUUGAAUACCAGCAUGUCCAGUUUUUUCUUACCCUAACGUUUGUUUUGUUCUACGUCUAUUCUGAAGAACUCAAAAGGCUGCCCUCAAUUCUGUGGUAUUUGGGUUGAUCCUAAUAAUAUUACUAUCUCUUGAUUACAUAGCAUGAUUCUCUACCUAAAGAGAAACUAAGAAACCCCCAAGGACAAAAUAAAAAGAAAUAAUGUAUGAAAAAAUAUGGUGAAUGUUGACCACAUUGUGGAAAAAAAUAUAUGAGAUUCAAGAUCUGGAGCAAAACACCACAAUGUCGUCUUCAAGAGAUCAAAUAACAGAAUGAAGAUAUUUUUGCUACAUUUUUGAGUCCCAUCAUUUUGUCCCUACAUUUACUGCAGAUCUGAACUGAAAUUAGUUAAAUGUUAAGUUGUUACGAGUGUUGGACUAAGGCCUGGGAGACCAAGGUUCAAAUCUCCACUUGGCCAUGAAGCUCACUGUGUGACUUUGAGCCAGUCACUAUCUCUCAACCUACCUCACAGGGUUGUUGUGAGGAUAAAAUAGAGGUGAGAUAGAAACGUGGAUACUCCCUUGAACUCCUUUGAGGAAAGGAAGAGUGUAAAUGUUUUUUAUUGUACCUUGUGUAUUCUAUUGUAAACCGCUUUGAGAUCUUUUAGAUAGUAAGCGGUCUAUAAAUGGAAAUAAUAAAUAAAUAAAUGUUGUAAAUUACUAAUAAAUAAUUGGUAAAGGAAAAAAAGAUAAGUAGAAACCAACAACAUUACCAUCAGCCAAACUGACAGCACAUAAAGCUGUAUAUAGGUAUAAUGCCACCUAGUGACUAAUUGUUCUGUGCCAUUUUAAUUGCAACCAACUGCUGGUCUUAUAAUAAAUAAGGUACAUAUAAAAGUGCUUCUUAACAUGCUCGCUUCACAUACAUGCACAUGAUGUCGUGCAAUUUUAAAUGUUCAGGAAUUCAGUUUUUCAACCAGUUGAGGGUGGCUUUCCAUAUGCCUUUUCAUGAUUUUUUUAUGCGUGCUUCCACACAUUUUUUCAUUCACAGUAUACAGUUAAAGCAGUUGUUAUACCACCUGAAACAAUUAUGGCUUCCCCCAAAUAAUCCUUGGAACUGUCAUUUAUUAAGGGUGCUGAGGGUUGUUAUGAGAAAAAAAAACCCCAUUCCCAAAGCUACAAGUUCCAGAGAUCUCUAGAAAGGAGGAUUGAUUACUAAACCACUCUGGGAACUGUAGAUUGGUGAGUGGAAUAGGAGUCUCCUAACAGCUAUCAGCACCGGUAAUAAAUUAGUUUCAGAAUUCUUUGGGGGAAGCCAUGACGGUUCAAAGCGGUAUGAUGCUGCUUUCAAUAUAUAGUCCAGAUGGGGCUGAAUAUUCAUUGUUAUUUUAUACCAGUGAUUUGAGUUUGAUGGAAUGCAACUGAGCUGUUUCCUUGUCCUCCUUCACCCUCCACCACCUUUUUAUGCACUGGGCAAGCUUAUUUCUUUAACUAUACGCGUGCACCUUUUAAAAAACAAAAUCCCAAGGAGGUGCCCAAGAGUAAAUGUUAUCUGCCUUAGGUCUCAUGUAUCACAAUGGGCAAAAUGGUGACUUGUUUUCUUUGUGGGAGUCAACAUCCAUUUCCAUUUGUUUUUUGUGUUUUUUUAAUACGGAGGUCAUGCACAAAACUUGUAGAGGGGUUUGUAUAAGUCAAAAUAAGCACACUUGUACAUUUUGGGCCAGUGGAAACAAAAUAGCUAAGUUGUGCUCAAGUGAGGAACAAACAGAAGUAUGUGGUGUGGAGACAGAGGUCACCCACCAAAAUGUCACCACAAACGUCAGUCCACCCAUCCAAAUAAACACACUUCUACACCAGUAGUGACUGUGGGUGUACAACGGCUUAUCUUUACUUACUGGAUUUUGUGAAAAAUGUACAGGCUGGCAUUUUGAUGUGAAAAACAUACAUGUGUGAGGAGCACCAAUUCGGCAAUAAACUUUCAUCUGGAGGCACCCUAUAUCUUCUAUGAAAAAGUUGACGCAUAGUAUUGCUUUUGUAUUACAUUAGACAAUUUGAAAUGCAUUAUUGGUGGCCUGCUCCAGAGAACCAAGGGGGGGGUAGCCUCUCCCACACAACUGGAGGGAAGCAUGAUGAUCUUUACCAUGGAAGAAACUUCAUGUGUGACCAAGUGAGCAUCAACUGGAGUAGUGGUGACAUCAUUAUAGCUUUAUGGGUGAUAAUGUGACUAGGUCACUUUAAAAAACGCUUUAUAUCUUUUCCAGAUUAUUAGUUAUCUGAGUCCUCUUUAACACCUUUCAGCACAUCACUGCUUCCAAUUUGGGACCCCAGAUUUCUCAAAGAGGGACUUUGGCUGCAAUUCUAAUCCCACUAAUCUGGGAGUAAGCACCACUGAAUUAAUUAGGACUCACUUCUGAGUAGAGACUCAUAGAGACUCUAAGUAGAGACUUUGAAUUUAAAUUCCAAAGUAAGGAACUCUUCGUUCAUGAUUGAUUGAUAUUCAUGUGCUGUGUGUGUCUGAGCUCAGCAAGUGAGAACUGCACUUUACUCUCUUUAUUGCUGGAGCCUUCGCUUUGUUUCCAUAUCCUUCAAGCAUAUUGGAUAGCAUUAAUGCUGCAGGAAGAAACCUAGUCAUAGCACAUCCAAACUCAGAGUCAAGAAUCCUUGACUGAUGUUGAUGGCAUGCAUACCUUUAAGCAAUGGUGAAGACUUCCACUGGGUAUUCCAAGAUUCUGAUGUUUUGACAGUUGGGCAGUUGUUGAAGGAAUUCUCGGAGACCAACUUAGAAGAAAGUUUGCCAUUUUUAACAUCACAUAAAUUUGGUAACUAUAUGUCUUUAUUUUUUCCAAUAAAUUCAUGUGAGAGGGCUCUCAUACAAGACUGUUAUCUAAAAGUAUAACACCAAAGAAUAUGCUAAGAAAGAUUACCUCUGAAAAUAUAUUGCUCCUUAAGGCUCCGCUUUAGCUUGUUAUGCAAUGAGUCAAUCUUGCAAAGGAAGUUACCUCCACUGGAAGGAUACCACUGGUGAACCUCUAGGAAAGGGGCCGACAACCUGCAGCUCAAGCAUCAUAGGCAGCCCAUGCUUUAAUUUCAUGAAGGUGGAGGGAACCCAGAAAGAUUGAAGAGAGUGGGAGGGGGGAAAUGGGGGUGAAAUGGAAGGUCAUAGGUUCCCCAUCCCAGAUUUAAACUGUUUAUGGUAUAGUGACUUUUAUUAAUAUAUAGCAGUAAGGUCAAACAUGGCAAACAAUAUGCUGAUUAUUUCAUAAAAGCAUCCGCUAACACCUGUUUUAGUAAGAAUAGCAAGCUUUUAAAUUUCCAUUUUAAUUUCGCAAACUUACUUUUCCUAUGUUGUGAACUGCAAAAUCAGCUAUACUAUUUUUCCUACAGUCAUGAUACUGCCAGUUCCUUUCCCUGUCCCCCACGGUGGCAUAACAUGCCACUAUGAUGUGCCAUCCACAGGCCGACCCAAGUAAUCAAUGUGCAUUUAACCUCUGCUUCCAUACUGUCAGAUAUGGGAAGUGAAGUGCAUGAAACUCUAGAAAGUGUCUUGAUCUGAAUGUGACAAUAGACCAAGGGCAAGUGGCCGUGAAGGCUUGUUUGUCAUCAUUUUGGUGGGUUUUUAAGUACAUCACAAGGAUUUUUUGCUUUUCAGUGAUUCCCCCAUUCAUCUCAACUCUUAGUUAUCACUAAGCAUAUCACCCCUGUGCUUUAUCGAUUUCACUGGCUCCCAAUUUGUUUCCGGGCCCAAUUCAGAGUGCUGGUUCUGACCUUUAAAGCCCUAAACAGCCUUGGACCAAUGUACCUGAGGGACCGCUUAUGCCCAUAUGCAUCGGUCUGGGAUUUAAGAUCAUCUGCCUCUGGUCUCCUCUGCGUGCCUGGAGUGAAAGGUGUUAGAUUGACAGGCACGCAGGAGAGAGCUUUUUCAGCUGUGGCCCCCAAGGUCUGGAAUACCCUACCCCAAGAAGUUCGCUCUGCUCCCUCCGUGUUGGUUUUCCAGAGACUUCUGAAAACAAUCUUGUUCCGGUAGAGCCUGACACUGAUUUUAUGAUCUUAUGUCUUCUACGUUAAAUUUUACCAUCGUAGUCCCUUUAGUAUCAAUCCCCAUAUAUAUAUAUAGUAUUUUAUGUAUUUUAAUUGUAUUUUAUGUAUUUUAAUGUUUUUGUGAUUUUACUGCUUGCAAUUUUAUGUACAUGUCUGAUUUGAUUUUUGUAAGCUGCCCUGAAUGCCCUAUUAUAGGGUAGAAGGGCGGGAUAGAAAUAUUUUAAAUAAAUAAAUAGUUCUGCAUCACUGCCCAAAAAUAUGCCUAAAAUUCUGGAAACUAACGAUAUGUGUUUUCAAAAAUAAUUUCUUUUCAUCUGUGUAUAUAGCAUUGAACUUGUGGAAAGGCAGAGGACCUCCUGCAUUAAUUUCUAGCUAUGUAUUUUAUAAAUGACAAAAAAUACUUCAGUGUGAGUGGAAAUAAGGUUUUUAAAGCUUUAAAAAUGUUUUUUAAGAUGUUU